GGAACAGCAGCGCCGAGCUCCUCGCUCACAUUUACAGGUCAUUAGCUCAGAGCUGUGGUAACGUCCUGGAGACUCGUCAGCACGAGCCAGGAUCUUCUCCUGCUUCACCGAGCUCUGUCUCUGGAUGUAUUCGGGCGGAAACAGAUUUACCGGGCGAUCCAGUUCAGUCUUCAGCUUCUGACUGAAUGUCCCCGAUGGAGGGCGGCUUGCCCGCACAGGAAAGCGCAAUCUAGCAGACGACGUUUUGGAUCGUUUAUCCGAUGCUGAACGCCUCCAUGUCACUCGCGGCUGAUAGCUGCGAUGGACGCUAUAAGAAUGUUUCCUAUUUCUACUCAAUUAAAAACAAGAACAUCAGCGCAGACUGGAAGACGCGGGACUUCGUGGUGGUUGGAAUCGGAGUCCCCGUGUGCAUCUUGAUCCUCCUGGCCAACCUGCUGGUGAUGGUGGCGAUUAUCAUCAACCGGCGCUUCCACUUUCCCAUCUAUUACCUGUUGGGCAACAUGGCGGCAGCAGACCUGUUCGCCGGCAUCUCCUACCUCAACCUCAUCUUCCACACGGGGCCGUGGACCAUCGGGCUCACGCAGAACGAGUGGCUUGUACGAGGAGCGCUGAUCGAGAUGAGUCUGACGGCGUCCGUGGUUAACCUGCUGGCCGUGGCGUGGGAAAGACACCAGAGUAUCUUCACCAUGCAGCUUCACAGCACCAUGUCCAACCGGCGCGUGCUAAUGUUCAUCGUAGGUAUCUGGGUCAUAGCCAUCAUCAUGGGCCUCGUCCCCACCAUGGGCUGGAACUGCGUGUGCAACAUUCAGGCCUGCUCCACUGUGGCGCCGCUGUACGCACGCAGCUUCCUAGUGUUCUGGGCUAUACUCAACCUCUUGACGUUCUCCAUCAUGGUGGCCAUAUACACCCGCAUCUUCGUCUACGUGCAUCGGAAGAGCCAAAGCACACUGCCGUACACACUUAACGUCAGGCAGAACGACACGCUCGUCGGCUUGAUGAAAACCGUCUCCAUGAUUCUGGGUGCCUUCGUGAUCUGCUGGACCCCCGGGCUGGUCAUCCUGCUGCUGGAUGGGUUGCAGUGCACAGGCUGCCAGGUGCUGAAAUACGAAAAGUACUGCCUGGCCCUGGCCGAGUGCAACUCUCUGGUGAACCCCAUCAUCUACUCGUGUCGUGACGAGGACAUGAGGAACACAUUUAAGCGCAUCUUGUGUUUCCUGUUUAGGCGGGACAGGGAGCAGGAGGUCGAGCCCAAUAACGUCUACUCGGACACUCUGAAAUCGGACAGGCUGUUGACGGACAACGACAACCAUAACCACAGAGAGCGCAUAUCUUUCUGAAUCCCGCUUUCUCGUUGCAAGAUUUAGAGACUGGAAGACUUAAUCUCGCAUUCACUGUACGUCCCCGAACGAUACGAGGGCUAGUAAAUGUAGCAGACGAUCACGUUAGACAUCUAAUGCCGCAUUUCGCUACGACAGACACCGUCUAAUCUGACAGUCGACAUCUGGUUUAAAGUCAGGGGGGAAAAAAAACCUGAGUCUCCACCCUGAUUAUUUUCCUCUAACAGAACAUCAUGCACUGUUUUAUUCCUCUUCCACCGCAGCAAUUUGCAGAUUAGCGAUUACAAUACGUACAAUUUAUUAACGACACGGUGCAAGUUUUAAUCCGUUUAAGCAAAGGUUAGGAACAGCAGCGAACCUUCGUGUCUGAUCCCCUUCUCUUCUUAAGAACGACCGUCACGGCCGCGCCGUCCGAUAACGAAUCGAUCGAUCAAAUUCAAAAAUCAAACAGCGACUUGGUGUUAAAACAUAAUUUAUUAGUAGCUAUAGAGGAAAUGCCACUUCUGAAGACUUUUUUUUGUGUAUAUAUAUAUAUAUAUAUCCGUCCAUGUUUUUUUUUUUGUCAUCUCAGGAUCAGAUACUCCUGAUUAAAAAAUUAAAAAAAAAAAAAAAAAAAAUUCCGAAAAGACAAGCGUCUGUGUCACAUGUAGUAACGUUAAAGUAUCGCAAGUAAACGUCCACGACGAGUUUGAAUCUUGUAUACGAUCGUGUGAUCCUCUCUGGUGUCCGUGUGACCGAGUCGGCUUUGUUGCUCCGAAACGGACACGGAAUGAGUCAUGGAUGUAGAAGCUGUAGCUUUUGAUACAAGAGUGUUACGGUAAUCAGGAGGAACUGCACUUUCUGUAAUGUAGCAUUGAUGGAUUGCAUUGUUAUAGUAAUAAAUAACAGAUUGGAUCUUUUUUUUAAAAA